AUGGAGUCCGGACUGCCGGCUCGAAGAACAGCUAUGGCGCCGUUGCUGGAGUAUGAGCGGCAGUUAGUGCUGGAGCUGCUCGACACCGACGGGCUGGUCGUGUGCGCCCGCGGACUCGGCGCCGACCGGCUACUCUUCCACUUCCUACGACUGCACUGCCACCCGGCAUGCCUGGUGCUGGUGCUCAACACGCAGCCCGCCGAGGAGGAGUAUUUUAUUAGUCAGCUGAAGCUGGAAGGGGUUGACCACCUCCCUCGCCGCGUAACAAAUGAAAUUGCAAGUAACAGUCGAUACGAAGUUUACACACAAGGCGGUGUUAUAUUUGCAACAAGCCGAAUACUCGUGGUUGAUUUCUUGACCAAUAGAAUACCAUCAGAUUUAAUUACUGGUAUCUUGGUGUAUAGAGCUCACAGAAUAAUCGAAUCUUGUCAAGAAGCAUUCAUCUUGCGCCUCUUUCGCCAGAAAAACAAACGUGGUUUCAUUAAAGCUUUCACAGACAACGCAGUUGCCUUUGAUACUGGCUUUUGUCACGUGGAAAGAGUGAUGAGAAAUCUGUUUGUAAGGAAGCUCUACCUGUGGCCAAGGUUCCAUGUAGCAGUUCACUCGUUUCUGGAACAGCACAAGCCUGAAGUGGUAGAAAUUCAUGUUUCGAUGACGCCUGCCAUGCUGGCCAUACAGACUGCUGUCCUGGACAUCUUAAAUGCGUGCCUGAAAGAACUAAAGGGCCACAACCCAUCGCUCGAAGUCGAAGAUUUAUCAUUAGAAAAUGCCAUUGGAAAACCUUUUGACAAGACAAUCCGCCACUACUUGGACCCUUUGUGGCACCAGCUUGGGGCCAAGACGAAAUCCCUGGUCCAGGACUUGAAGAUCCUGCGGACUUUGCUGCAAUAUCUCUCUCAAUAUGAUUGUGUUACUUUUCUGAAUCUUCUGGAGUCUCUGAGAGCCACUGAGAAGGCUUUUGGUCAGAAUUCAGGUUGGCUGUUUCUGGACGCUAGUACCUCAAUGUUUGUAAAUGCUCGAGCAAGGGUUUAUCAUGUUCCAGAUGCCAAAAUCAGCAAAAAAAGUAAAAUGUCUGAGAAUAUGGAGAGUAAAGAAGGACAAGAGACAAAAAAGGAACUGGUUCUAGAAAGCAACCCCAAGUGGGAAGCCCUAACUGAAGUACUGAAAGAAAUUGAGGCAGAAAAUAAGGAGAGUGAAGCCCUCGGUGGUCCAGGUCAAGUACUUAUUUGUGCAAGUGAUGACCGGACAUGUGCCCAACUGAGAGAGUAUGUCACUACCGGAGCAGAGGCCUUUUUAUUGAGACUCUACAGGAAAAGCUUCGAGAAGGAUAGCAAAGCUGAAGAAGUAUGGAUGAAGUUUAGGAAGGAGGACAAGACAAAGAGAAUUACAAAAUCUAACAAAAGGCCCAAAGACCUCCAAAACAAAGAAAGGGCUUCCACCAAAGAAAAGCCUGUCAAAAGGAAAAAACGAAGGCUGACCUUAACACAAAUGAUGGGAAAACCUGAGGAGGACGAAGGGGAGGCAGAGGAAGGAUACCAGAGAGAACUUAGCAGCAGCCAAGAAAGCAGCUUAGAAGAGAUUAAGCACGAAGAAUUUGAUUUAAACUUGUCAUCCGAUGCUGCUUACGGAAUCCUAAAAGAGCCCCUCAUGAUCAUCCACCCGCUUCUAGGUUGCAGUGACCCCUACGCCCUGACGAGGGUGCUCCAUGAAGUGGAGCCGAGAUACGUGGUUCUGUACGAUGCGGAGCUGACAUUUGUUCGUCAGCUUGAAGUGUAUAGGGCAAGCAGGCCUGGGAAACCUCUGAGGGUUUACUUCCUCAUAUACGGAGGCUCCACGGAGGAACAGCGCUAUCUCACUGCCCUGCGGAAAGAAAAGGAAGCUUUUGAGAAGCUCAUAAGGGAAAAGGCCAGCAUGGUUAUCCCUGAAGAAAGAGAAGGCAGAGACGAGACCAACCUCGACUUAGUGAGAGGCAGCACCUCCACCACACAUGCGCCUGCUGAUACUCGGAAAGCUGGUGGCCAGGAACAGAGUGGCACACAGCAAAGUAUAAUUGUAGACAUGCGAGAGUUCCGAAGUGAACUGCCAUCUCUGCUCCAUCGACGGGGCGUUGACAUUGAACCAGUGACUUUGGAGGUUGGAGACUACAUUCUGACUCCUCAAAUGUGUGUGGAGCGCAAGAGUAUCAGCGAUUUGAUUGGCUCCUUAAAUAACGGCCGCCUGUACAGCCAGUGUGUGUCCAUGUCCCGCUACUACAAGCGACCCAUGCUCCUGAUCGAGUUUGAUCCCAGCAAGCCUUUCUCGCUCACGUCCCGAGGUGCCUUACACCAGGAGAUCUCCAGCAACGACAUCAGCUCCAAACUCACCCUCCUGACGCUGCAUUUCCCCAGGCUCCGGAUUCUCUGGUGCCCCUCCCCUCACGCAACAGCCGAGUUGUUUGAGGAGCUGAAACAGAACAAGCCACAGCCUGAUGCUGCCGCGGCCGUGGCCAUCACUGCAGACUCGGUCAUCCUCCCCGAGUCAGAAAAGUACAACCCUGGGCCACAGGACUUCUUGUUAAAGAUGCCAGGGGUCAGUGCCAAAAACUGCCGCUCCUUGAUGAACCACGUCAAGAACAUGGUAGAAUUAGCCACCUUAUCACAGGACGCGCUCACCAGUAUUCUGGGGAAUGCUGCCAGUGCUAAGCAGCUUUACGACUUCAUUCACACCUCGUACGCCGAUGUCAUGUCUAAAGGGAAAAUGAAAACCUGAGCUGCCCCCCGGAGCUGUGCUCCCAUCCCAUGACUGU